AUGACCACCACCACACUGCGUCUCCGCCUCCUCUCAUCACUGCCAUCACUAACACCGCGCCUCACCACCAUCACCACCGCCCUAAAACCCCACAUCACCCCCAUCUACAUACAGCAGCGCAACAUGUCAUCCCCCAAGUCCACACCACGCACCCACGAAAACUCACACGACACAUCGAACCUGAGCCACGACGAGAAGCGCCAGGUGCACGAGAACCGCAUGGACCGGCCGCCCUACACGGUCGACGAAGGCGAGCAUGGGGCGUUCAAGCCGAUUUACAAGGGCGCGUGUUUCUGCGAGAAGGUGACGUUCGAGAUCUCGCGCGAGCGGCCGCUAGAGGCGAAGUUCUGCCAUUGCGAGGGGUGUCAGAGAUUGCAUGGGGCGCCGUUUCAAUGGGCGGCGAUAUUCCACAAAACCGACGUGCGCUUCACGUCCGGCUCCUCCGAGCUGAUCUACUGGCACUCUGGGACCAAAUCGCAGGACUACAUCCUGCCGUGCAAGGUGUCGUGCAAGAACUGCCGCACGCCGAUCAUGGAUGAGGGGCGCAAGAUGCUGCUGCUGUUCCCGACGCUGGUCAAGUUUGGGAGCGCGGCGGAGAAGCGGCGGUUUCACCCGAGCUGCCAUAUUUUCUAUGAGCGGAGGGCGAUCGAUGUGCCGGAUGGGCUGCCGAAGUGGAGGGGGCAUAAGGGGGAGAGUGAGGAGAUGGUGGAAACGAUGAGGGAGGAGCAUGGGGGGGCGAAUAUCUGA